UUUUUAUCAUGCCUUUCUUAAGAAAGGAGUGAAUUUUUUUCUUAUUCUACUUAUCAGUUGUUGAGUGCCGUUAUAUCAGCUAAGGAGAGACGGUUUUUAUGUCCUACAUGUCACUCUUCUAUUGAUUAAUUUAUCUCGUUGAAGAAUUUAGCAAAACUAUGGAAUGAAAGUAAAAUGGGAUUGUGAACUGAAAUCGGACACAACAACAAAAUGUUAAUGAAUUUGUCUUUAGUGUUAUGGAUGAUUACGACGCUAAAUUAUGCUUAUGGGUACUUCCGAUUAUCAAUGGAUAAUUACCAAUACUUUUCCGAUGGAUCUCAAACAGAUACAGUUGUUGAAAAUUCAACAAGAAAAGUAGGAAAGAAUGCAAGCAGACUGUUUCAAGAAGUAAACAUGACUUUCGACCUGUCCACAAAUGGAAUAAAAAAUGAUACAGAAAACGCAUCGUCUAGUAGCGAUUUCUCAGUUAGUACCACCACUUCAGACAAUAAUAGCACUACUGUAAUUUUCUAUACUAGUACUGUAGAUUAUAAUCAUAGCAGUACAGAAAAUUCUACCAUAUUUUUUACGACGACGUUGAUCUACGAGUCUUCUUCCAUUCAUUCUCCAUCAAGGUCAUCGAAACUCUCACCCAUGGCUGCCGCUGGAAUUGCUUUAUUAAGUGGUCUAAUUGUUACUUCGAUAAUUAUAAUAGCUUUCAUAAUUUGGCACAAGAGAUCUAAAGGACCCUAUGAGUUAAUGCCAGUAGCUGACUUUGAGGAACAUGUUUAACUUUUUUUAAAAAUUAUAAAUAGUGUAUAUUACAUUGGGGUACAUUUUUUUGUUCGUUUUCUAUUGCAUAAGAUUUUUUAACGGAUCUUAGAUUUUCACGUCACUGAUUUCAAAUCUGUAAUCUGUUUCUCUCUCUGAGCUACAGUUUCUUUUUAAUGACAUUUUUAGUCUAUUUUUUGUCGAAAUGUAAACGAAGUUUAAAAACGUUAUGUUUAAUAGGGGGUCGCGUAAAUGUUGCGACACACUUCUACGGAAGUUAGGGUACAUCAUAAAGAUUAAAAUUCCAUAGUAACCCAUACCCAGAAAUGUCAUCAUAUGCCGCUAGAUGUGCUUCCCCUAUUAUGUACUGUUUUUUUACGUGUGCUUCUUGGAAGCACUUCGAGCAGAGUACGAGGGAAUUUACGGGAAUGGAAUUUUAAUCCUGAUGAUGUACCCUGAAUCCCUUCGAAGUUGGCCACAACAUUCAUGCAACGCCUUGUAAUAUAUAACGCUUCUGUACUUGUAUUUUUCGACUAAAAAUAGGCUGAAAAAUAUCAUUAAAAAAAACAAUCUUUAGCUUUAGGACUAAAACUAAGUUCUUCAGACUUGAUAUCUUCAUACACGAAUUAGAUAAAGUCUAGUUGUUAUAUGAAUGCAACAAAAAGUUUGUUCCCCAAAGUUAUCUGUAAUGUUUCGUUUAGAAUGAAAAUUUCUGGCAAAAUUUUCAGAGUUUUCUAAAUGAAGAAUUUUGCAAUUUUAUUAAUUUAUUCUUUUACAUUAGAGAUAAGAGGUUCAAGAGCUUGAGGGUCAUGGACAAUAAUAAAAUUUCAUAUAGACUCUAGGAGAGAUUUUCUGAGCUUUCAGCAUUUAGACUUACUUUAAGUUGUCAUUGGACACAAUCUUUGAAUUAAAAGGCUUGGGACAAGUUUUGCAGAUUGUGUUUUUGGAUAGGUAACUUCAAACUUCCGGAAUGUCCACUAGACGGCAGCACAUUACAUAGAAAUAUUUUAAUGCUUUCAUGUUUAUCAGGGUGUUCCUCACCAAAAGCACUCCACUGAAGAAUUUGAAAUGUGGCUUAUCAUUAUAUUUUCAACAAAAACCUUAUAAUUUGCAAAAUAUUAUAGAUACAAAUAUGAUCAGAACAAUUGUAUUAGAAUAUUUAAAUAUUUAAUAACUUUCUAAAACUUUUCUCUUUUAUGUAUUUUCUUUAAAAGCAAAAAAUGAGAAAAUAGUAAUUCGUCAAAUAGUUCCGUCAAGUAUGAAUGAUACAUUUUUUAUAACUACAAUCCCUUCUUUUUUAUACCUACAAUCGCAAAAUUAAGAAAAAUUUCUGAAAUUACAUUUUAAGCAAUUGUUUUGAUUCCCAUCAUAAAAGGUAAAACUAUUCUUUCGGUUGCAAAAUAUCGAAAAUUAUUUUUUAUUUCCAAGGAAGGACUUCAGCACAUAAUUGCGCAAAUUUUUGAAAAUGUGUGAUCAUAAUUUAUGUGUUUGUGAUGUGAUGAAUGUGAGAAUCUGGCAAAGUGAGAAAUGUUGGCGUGUGUACUAUGCUUGACAUUUUAACGAAACUAUGAAACGCAAGAAUAAUUAUAUAAUUUACUUAAUCAUAGUAUAUAAUGAAAAAUGUCUUCUAGGAAAGUCGGAUAGUAUGAUUUGGCAAAUGUAAAUUGCGUGGAACGAAAGAACAUAUUUCUUCCUUGCUUUCUUUUUUCUAAAAAAAUAUUACUGGAUUGACGAUCUAAAAGUGAAAUAAAAUAGAAUUUUCUUAGUUAAAUUUAUAACUUAUUUUUUUCUUAGAAGAUACCGGAUAAUGACCUGUUAACUUGAAUUGAUACUAUAAUAUGGAAUACCCGUCAGUGACCAAUACAAUGAAGCUGGAUUAUUAUACUGGUUAGUUUUAAUAAUACAUACAUGGUGGUUACUGAAAAUUUAUGCUUCUCUUAUUAAGAAAAACAAAAUAAAAUGUAAAUUUACUUGUUGCAGAAAAAUUCUAUUGCUGAUAAAUCAUAAUUAUACAAAUACAUUUUAUACCUAGCCGAUUUGUCAUGUAGCAUUGUAUUCAAUAUUUAGACAUUAUUAGGCAGUAACGUAACAGAAAAUUUUGUUUCUAGCCUGUGGCCAUAGUUUUGGUGGACAGGGUAAUUUGUCAGUGACAUUUUUUUAAAACAUGUGGCCAAUGUUUAACAGAUCGAAAUUUUUAAAAGAUUAAAAAACUUUUGAUAUUAAUGAUGUAGAUAUUAUUAUCAAAUAUCUGAAAAUAUGGUAAACAUUUUAAGGUCAUUUCUAAAAUUAAGACAGAAACAAUGAUUUGAUUUUGCUCUAUACUAACAAUAUGAGAAAUAGUAUAUAAUUAUUUGCAAUUUCACAGUUUAAUUUUAGGUAUUGUAUAUUGUGCCGGAAUUCCAACUUCGCCGGUAACAUGUAUACCAUAAUACCGGAUUGAUAUUUGUAGAAUUCUUCUACACAUAAUGGCUAACGAUUAUUACUGUAUUUUUUGGAUUAAUAAAUCGAAGUUUUAUUCAGUGUUA